AAAAAAAUUGAAUAAAUAUAACACGAGGAAAAGAGGGCAAUAUCUUUGGUAGAAAGAAAGGGAGUCAGUGAGUGAAGUGAAACAUAGACGCACAAAAUGGAGGGUGAGAGUGGACAUGUGUGCGUAACUGGAGCUGGAGGAUUUGCUGCUUCUUGGGUAGUCAAGCUUCUUCUCUCUCAGGGCUAUAUUGUACAUGGAACCAUCAGACAACCAGGUGAUAGCAAGUACGAGCACUUGAACAAGCUUGAGAAAGCAUCAGAGAAUCUGAAACUGUUCAAGGCAGAUUUGCUGGACUAUGAUUCUCUAUGUUCGGCGAUUUCGGGUUGCAGUGGUGUGUUCCAUGUUGCCAGUCCUGUAUUAACAACCGAGGUAAAAGACCCCAAAGCAGAAGUACUUGAACCGGCCGUGAGGGGAACACUUAAUGUGCUGAAAGCUAGCUUAGUGGCCAAGGUGAAGAGAGUUGUUCUUGUGUCCUCUACAGCUGCUGUUGUGAUGAACCCGAACUGGCCCAAGGACCAAGUCAAGGACGAGAGCUGUUGGUCUGAUGUUGAAUAUAUUAAGAGUCUAGAAUCCAUGAAAACGUCUAAGAAAUGGUAUUAUGUUUCGAAAACACAGGCAGAGAGUGAGGCGCUGGAGUUCGGGAAAAGAACUGGCCUUGAGGUUGUUACAGUUUGUUCUUCUGCCAUUUUGGGGCCAGUUUUGCAGUCCACCCUAAUUUCCAGUAGCUGGCUCCUGCCUAUGGGUCUCAAAGGUGGAUUUGGAUCGUUCGGAUACAAUUACUGGACAGUGGUGGAUGUUCGCGACUUAGCUGAAGCACUGCUUCUGGCAUACAAGAAAGCUGAGGCUGGAGAAAGAUAUAUAUGCACAUCACAUGCAAUGGGGGUGGAGGAAGUGGUGGAGAAAUACUUGAAGGUUUCACAUCCCAAGUACAACUAUUCCGACAAGCUUAGUCACACAGAUGAAGAAGAAGAAGAAGAGAAAGUGAGUUCGGAAAAAUUGCAGAAGUUGGGUUGGAGUUACCGGCCAUUUGAGGAAACUCUUGCUGAUUCCAUUGAAUGCUGCCGGAAAAUCGGGGUCCUGGACUAGACAAACUAGGCAUCUUAUGACCAGUAUUGAUGCUAGUUUCACCUAUGAUAAUCCUUCUAGUCCUCAAUUUAGUGGUCCUUAUUACAUUGGCUCCUAUCUAUGUGUACUUCUAUUAUACAAAACAAAACUUUUAAGUGUUUUCUCUUCCCAUGUCUUGGUAAAAGCUCAUAUAGAGUUAAUUUUCCU